CAAGAAGUUCCACCUCACAAACCAUAAAAGGGAAACUAUCUGCACCAAAGGUCAAACCUUCCUGUAAAAAUCUCUCUCUAUCUCCUCUCUGGAAAGUUUCAUCAGCUGCCAUGACCCAUCAUCUAAUCCUGUUAUUAAUCACAGUCCAUGCCAUUUCAUAUCCAAAAGUACAAGCCGUUAAAGAACCCUUUCACCCCAGAGACAUUCUGCCGCUUCUACCGAGACAGGUGUCUUGGCCUAUUCUGAAUACUCUCAACAGUGCAGUGGACCUCCUGCCCACUUUUGUGGGCACUGCCACUACUGUCAAGAAUUCUUUACAGUGGAAAGGUGCUUGCUUUUACAACAAUAGCGCUUGGUUGGAGUUUCAUAACAAAAGUAAAACUGAAUUUGGUGGUGGCACUCUUCAUAUCAAGGUUAGAAAUGCUCAUAGUUGGACAUGCAUGGAUCUUUAUCUGUUUGCAACUCCUUAUCGUGUGACAUGGGAUUAUUAUUUUUUGUCUCGUGAACACACCCUCGAAUUCAGAGAGUGGCAAUCAAAAGCUGAAUAUGAAUAUGUGAAACAUAAGGGGAUUUCAAUAUUCCUCAUGCAAGCAGGGAUGCUAGGAACUCUUGAAGCAUUGUGGGAAGUAUUACCUUUAUUCACAGACACUAAUUGGGGCGAGAACUCAAAUGUUGCAUUUCUUCGAAAGCACAUGGAAGCCACCUUUGAAGAACGUCCUCAGCCAUGGGUUACAAACGUUAGUGCUGACGAUAUACACUCUGGAGAUUUCCUAGUUCUGUCUAAAAUUCGGGGCCGUUGGGGUGGUUUUGAGACUCUUGAGAAGUGGGUGACUGGAUCUUAUGCUGGUCAUACUGCUGUUUGCUUAAGGGACUCUGAAGGAAAGCUAUGGGUUGGAGAAUCAGGACAUGAGAACGAGGAGGGAGAGGAUAUUAUUGCUAUUAUGACGUGGGAGGAAUGGUGGGAAUAUGAGCUGACAAAAGAUGAUGCUAAUCCACAUAUUGCAUUGCUUCCUUUGCAUCCUGACCUCCGGACCAAGUUCAACGAAACUGCUGCCUGGGAGUAUGCUCGAAGCAUGGCAGGACUACCUUAUGGUUAUCAUAACUUGAUAUUUAGCUGGAUAGACACGAUUAAUGGAAAUUAUCCAUCUCCCUUGGAUGCUCACCUGGUUGCUUCUGUUAUGACUGUUUGGACUCAAUUCCAGCCUGCAUAUGCUGGUAACAUGUGGAAUGAAGCAUUGAAUAAGCGCCUUGGAACUCAGAAUCUCAGUCUUUCUGAAAUUCUUGUAGAAGUUGAGAAGCGUGGAUCAUCUUUUGCUGAAUUAUUGGCAAUUCCAGAACAGGACAAUUGGGUUUACGUUGAUGGGAAGUCAACAUCAUGUGUUGCUUUUGUCUUUGAAUUGUACAAGGAAGCAGGACUUUUUGGUUCACUUGCAAGCUCGAUUCAAGUUACCGAGUUCACAAUAAAAGAUGCUUACACGCUCAAGAUUUUUGAAAACAAUUCAAGCCGGUUGCCUAAGUGGUGCAAUGAUGCAGACACAGCGAAGCUUCCGUAUUGUCAAAUUCUAGGGAGAUACCGGAUGGAACUACCUGGAUACAAUACCAUGGAUCCAUACCCCCACAUGAACGAAAGAUGCCCAUCGUUGCCACCAAAAUAUUUGAGACCAGCAGGUUGCUGAUAGGCUCUGUUGCCCUCAAUUUUGGGUUUUCAUGCCCGAUACUUUAUAUACUUUUAGCUUGUAUAUAGUUUUCUUCUAUAUACGACUUGUACAUUAAGAGCAUCUCUAAUCGUAGUGUAAAAUUGGGAGUAAAUCGGUAUCUCCAAAUCACUUUCACAUCCUCAUUUACAUCCCGGUGAAUCUAAAUUCAAAUUAUCCUCCAAUGGAGGGAUCUAAAUCUACUUUUUGCCUCUUGUAGAUGUAAAACGAUGUAAAUUUUUUACGUUUUCUGCCGAAAAUGGCAAUUUACAUUUUAUUUGCAUCACUCCAUUGGAGAGGUUUUCAGCCCCUUUGAAAAUCUAAAUCAUACUUUACAUCCAUUUUGCACCACAAUUGGAGAUGCUCUAAGGAUACAAGGCCGUGAUGUUACUGUAUGCAACUUGUAUGUUCCAAUAGGUCAACGUGUAACAUUAAAUAAGCUUGAUGUUGGUUGCUAAUUGAAGUUAAAAGUGGCUCAGGAGGUGAAAACAUAGUCAUGAUUGUAUACAACACACUUAGAAAUUUGAUUGAGCAUGAGUUUUCAAUUUCU